AUGGAUAUGCCAAUGAGGAGACUCAAGAGAAAAAUCACUCAUAAGGGAAAUUCCAUAUUGCACAUGGUUGGUAUAAAAGAGGACCCCGAAAUUGCAGAUAUGAGAAGCCCUGCUCAUCUGUUGCAAGAGAAUUUGCUCUUAUUUGAGCGUGUGAAAAACGUCUACUCAGAUGAUUUUUUCGAAAUUAUUAACAAAGAUGGAAAGACGGCAGAAGAGUUAUUCACUAAAGCAAAUGCUACACUUCGUUCAGAAGCAAAAGACUGGCUUAAACGCACUACGGAGAACUGUACAAUAGUUGAUGUGCUCAUUGCAACAGUGGCUUUUGCAGCAGCCUAUACUAUUCCAGGUGGUCCAAAUCAAAGCAUUGGUUCCUCAUGGACCAUCCAUUCUUCGUGA